AUGACGGAAAUCAGCGAGAAGGAGAACGAACCACAAAACCUGCACCGACCGCAGGCGACCGUGCCCAGCCAACCUGAAUCAAAGCUGCAGCGACUGAAGCGUUCCCUGUCCUUCAAAUCAGUAAUGCGCAGCAAGAGUAUGGACAACUUUUUCCAGCGCAGCAAUGGUGACACACGCCCACCCUCCACACUUAUUACCACACCUCCACCCGCUCCAUCUCUUCCACCCUUUUCUGAGUCCCCCCUGGCCUACGAGCGAUCUCCCUCCCUUUCUCCGUCUAUCAGUCCCAACCUGUCACUGUCGUCGCACUCACCUUCCAUCAGUCCCUCACUUUCACUGACCUGCAAUAUCCAGCAAAAGUCUCAGGCGCUGCCGGUACAGCCGGUCAAGACACACUGUUUCCAGGAACACGUCUUCCGUAGGCCUACCAGCUGCCAGCGAUGCAAACACAUGAUCCAAGGGAACUCCAAGCAGGGGCUGCGUUGUAAAGCCUGUAAGGUGGCGGCCCACCUCUGGUGCUCGUCUGAGCUCUCCCAGCAGCCCUGUAAUGGCAAGACAGGAGCUUUUAAGAGAAACUUUAGCUCUCCUCUGCUAACCAGCGAUCCACUGGGUGUGGUCAGAGAGGCUCCUGCUGCUCAGGAAGCAGAUAAUGGCAUUGUUGACCCUGUGUAUGAGGCACUGCGCUAUGGGACAUCGCUGGCUCAGAUGAGUCGCUCCAGCUUCAGCAGUAUCUCAGAGUCGCCCUGUCAUGAGGUAGAAAGGGUGCAAGACGGAAUAGAGAACCAGCCUAUAGCUGAAGAGGAAACUAUCCCAGGAAUGCUCACCCCUCCUGAAAGCGAGAAGGCUGAUUCAGAAGACAGGGUCAGCCUGAAGACUCCCAAGCGGGUAGAGGCUCACCCCAUCCACACCUAUGUAGCUCUCUACAAGUUCUUGCCUCAGGAGAAGAACGACUUGGAACUACAGCCGGGCGACAGAGUUCAAGUCACAGAUGACUCCAAUGAAGACUGGUGGAAGGGGAAAAGCAGAGACAAGGUGGGAUUUUUCCCGGCCAACUUUGUGCAGCGGGUUCGCCCCAGUGAGCGGGUGUGGAAGGUCACGGCUGGUUUCCAUGGCAACCGAGACAAAGGCGAGAUGACUGUGAAAGAGGCCCAGAUCUGUGUGGGGAAGAAUGAGGAAACUGACAGUUUUCUCCGGCUCAGCAGCGGGAAGAAAAGAGGCUUGGUCCCUGUGAGAUGUCUGCUAGAAAUAUGA